UGCAGCUGACUGUUAUAGAGAGGAGGAGCUGCAGGAGAUCACUUCCGUGGGAACAAGCCAACUCCCACCCCCGCCAAAACCUGCUGGAGCUAUCAACUGUGAAAGCCAAGGGCAAAGACUAACUGCAUUCGGCCAGUGUAGAGGUCAAGGUGAAGUGUGACAGACGAAGAACGCAGGAAUAAUGCUGGCUGCAAAGUGUGGAGGAGUAACCCGCUGCCAGAACCUAAGGCUUUUUCAGAAAGUGUCUAAUCCACUUCAGACCUUAAGUAGAAGACGUCCCUAUGCUAGCAGUGUAGAGCAGGAAAAUAAAGCUGUGCUAGUCACAGGGUGUGAUUCCGGAUUUGGAUUUUCAUUGGCUAAGCACUUACACUCUAAAGGCUUCACGGUUUUUGCUGGAUGUCUAUUUAAGGAUAACGGAGAUGCUGGUGUAAAGGAACUUGAUAACGUGAAGAGUGACAGGUUAAAAACUGUGCAGCUGAAUGUUGUAAACCAAGAGGAAGUGGACAGGACUGUGGAGAUUAUACGAGAAAAUCUUAAGGAUCCUGAAAAAGGUUUAUGGGGUGUUAUUAAUAAUGCCGGCAUUUCAACUUUUGGCGAAGUUGAAUUCACAAGCAUGAACACCUACAAAGAGGUCGCAGAAGUUAACCUGUGGGGCACGGUUCGAGUAACUAAAGCUUGUCUUCCCCUCAUCCGCAGGGCAAAAGGCCGAGUUGUGAAUAUCAGCAGCAUGUUGGGUCGUAUGGCAAAUCCUGCCCGCUCUCCUUACUGCAUCACCAAGUUUGGUGUGGAGGCAUUUUCUGACUGUCUUCGCUAUGAAAUGCACCCAUUUGGUGUGAAGGUCAGUGUGGUGGAACCAGGGAACUUUAUUGCUGGCACAAGCCUUUAUAGCCCAGAAAAGAUCAAAGCAAUUGCAGAUAAAAUGUGGUCUGAGCUCCCAGAGAGCGUGAAAAAUGAUUAUGGAAGAAAAUAUUUUGAUGAGAAGAUUAGCAAAAUGAACAAUUAUUGCACCAGUGGAUCAACUGACACAUCACCUGUCAUUAACUCUGUCACUCAUGCCUUGACUGCAUCAACACCCUACACCCGAUACCACCCCAUGGAUUACUACUGGUGGCUCCGAAUGCAGAUCAUGACACAUUUCCCUGGUGCAAUUUCUGACAGGAUUUAUAUACACUAGAACCUGUUCCAUAUGUAGGCCUUAAUACAGUCAGGUUAUUGUUAUUUAUGCUACAAACCUUGUCUAGCUAACUAAUGCUAAAAAUCAGAUUCUUUAUGGCAUAUUACCCCCCCCCCCCCCCCACACACACACACACACACACACACACAUUGAAUUUCUAAGUAUUGUAUAAGGAAAAAUAAGAAUACUGAGAAGACGAAUAAAGAUACUGAUGCUCAUUUAUGAUAAACUGUCCUCCAUGUAAUAGACCAAAAAUAAAACUCCCUACCAAAUCAUCAUACAUCAUUCCUACCCCCCCCCCCACCAUAAGAUAUACUCUAACAAGAGGUCCUGCUUCUGUAAUCUUUUGCUGCCGACUAUGCCUCUUCUAUAUAUAAUCUAAUUGUGUUCAUUCUGUUUGGUUAAUUAUAUCAGUGAUUCUGAAUUGAUAGUGCCUUAUUUUUAACAGCAUUCAUAAGAUCUAGCACUUAGAGUUCAGCUAUGUGAGUGUUUUGUUCUUCUGUGUAAGUUAACCUUCCAGUAAUGCCAGGAAUUAACAUGACAUUGUUAUUAUCAGCUACAUGUUUCAGUCCUAUAUUGUCUGUUUCACGGGGGAAAAAUCUACCUCAAUUUUAACAAGGAUCUUCAAUUAAGUCUCUUCAGAUCUGUUUUUGUGAUACCUCUAAACUCGUAUUCUACAAAAAGCAUUUUAAGUUUAAUUAAAAUAAUUAAUUUUUGUUAUUGCAAAUUACCUCAUAAGGGCCAUGACCAGCUCUUGAUCUACAUUUGUCUACAACACAAAGAACCGCUCUUGUGCUUACAAUAAAACUUGAAACCUGUUA